AACACCAAGCACUUGGAUCGCCGUAGUGAUGACGACCUUUGAUGACCUCCUGGAGGAGGCUGGCACUUUCGGACGCUGUCAGAGGCGUGUCUUUGCCCUGCUCUGUCUGUUGUCAUUGCCUUUUGCAGGUGUGUACGUUGGUAUCGUCUUCCAGGGUUUCACCCCAGAUCACUGGUGUUGGGACUCUGCAGUAGUGGAGAGGAGGCAGGCGUGCGGCUGGAGCCUGGCAGACGGUCGCAGGCUGACGGUGCCGCUGGUCAACAACUCUGGAGUGCUGCAGCAGAGCAGCUGUGAGCAGUACGAGGUGGACUGGAACACCACAACGCUCACCUGUGACACACAAGAACUAAAUCUGACUGAGGCUCCAGUUACCACAUGCAAGAAUGGCUGGGAGUAUCAGUAUGAAGGCAGGAAGUCCUUUGUCACAGAGUUUAACCUGGUGUGUUCAGAUGGAUGGCUGGUGGACAUGUACCAGUCCACGCUCAAUGUGGGCUUCCUCAUUGGCAGCUUUGCUUUUGGUUACUUUGCUGACAGGCGAGUCAUUUCUUCUGACCACCUAGGUUUCCAUUUUGGCCACAAUUAUACCUUCAUCAGUAGUAGCUUCACCUGCAGUUUGCAGAAUGCUAUACCCACUGUAAGAAAAUGGGUCAGGUUGGUGGACAAGUCUAGAUUUAAACAAACAUGCCUCAUUAGAGUUGCUGGAUUAGUAUUUAUUCAAGUAUUGCUAGUUUACUGUAAACAAAUGAGUUGCCUUUAUCACAUGCUACUGGUUCUGCUGACCAUAUUUCCCAUGAACCACAUUGCUUCCCGUCACCCUGUCCCUUCUUCAGCAUCAGUACUGACUUCACUGACGUGCUCUCUCUGUUCUGUAUGUUAAAGCUUUCCAUCAUCUUUUCGAUGAAUCUAACACAAAAGGAAGAGUUACCAAAUUAUUAGAACGUGGCAGUGUGAUUUGUGAGCUGUAAUGUAAAAGCUUUUCUUAUUUUGAAAGGAA